AUGAAUGGCCCUUCGAAUUCAAGGCCCGCGCGGCCCAUGAGCAUCAAGGAGAUUACCAUAGCAGCAGAGGAUUUUGAUUUUAGGACUACGAUUCCCUUCAAGUACUGGGCGCGUUCUGCCGAUACUCUGUUUCAAGAGGCAACCUUUGCGCUCCAAGAUCGCGACAUACGAAAAGCAUACCAGAUGCUAUGGCGACACUCGAUUCUCGUUCUUACCCACUUGAAAACACACCCUGACGCCAAGUUACCCGAAAAUAAGGCGCUCACGAAACCGCUGUUCGACCGCCAGAAUAAGGAAGUGUUUGGGCUACUGGAGGAAUUGAAGCCGAAGAUCGACCAUGAUUACAAGGAAUGGCAGUCGAUGAGUGCGUCAAAGAGGAGAGAGGACGAUGAAACCACCAACAGACCCACAAACUACGACGAGUUUGCCGCCCGAGACCCGACCUUAUCCGGAAAUGCCAAGAUCCUCGAUGCCGCCGAUAACCAGGAACUUGCAGUGUCCCUGGCGCAGCGAGACUACAAGAGGAGAGAUGCUGCAAGAAGGGCAACGCGACAGGCCGGUGUCAGCGCAGAAGAAGAGCAGGAACGCCGGAAGGGCGGCCGCUGGGAAGACUGGGAGCACUUCGGCAGCCCGGCGACGGCGGCAGCAGAGGAGGAAGACAUAAGGAGACAGAUCGAGGCAACACGGCGCCGACUCGACGGAACCGACGGGGGAAGAGACGAGGACAACUUUAGGGAAUCACAAGCUUCAUACUACCAACGCCAGGUGCCCCCGCCGAGAGCGCCUCCCAGCUACUCAUACAAUUACCCGUCCAUUUCACGACCAAGAGCGCUGGAAUGGGAGGCGUCGCCGUUGGAGCCGCAGCGCAUUUACACGCCACCGCCACCGCCUCAACCACCAAGGCCGCCAAAGGAGGACUUCACGAUGAUGCGCCAGGAGCUCGAUGCCGCGCCUCCCAUGAGGCCGGGCAAAGAGCCGUUGCCGUCGUACAGGCCGCCGUCGACAACUGACGCGUUGCAAGGGGGCGUUCCGGAAUUGCCAGCCAAGGAGAAGGUGAUGCCGCCGGCGGAAAAAGAGCGGCUCGCUUUCCGGCCGGCAGCUUACCUGGAGAACGGCGACCCUAUUCGACCUGUUUUCCUCCCAACGCAGCUCAGGGACACGUUCCUCAACAUUGCUUCUGAAAACACUCGGAGAGGCCUGGAAAUGUGUGGCAUCCUCUGUGGACGACCCGUUAAUAAUGCGCUGUUCAUCAGCUGCCUUCUCAUCCCCGAACAAAAGUGCACGCCCGAUACGUGCGAGACCGAGAACGAGUCGUCGAUGCUGGAUUACUGCAUCAACGAGGACCUUUUGGUGGUGGGCUGGAUUCAUACGCAUCCCACACAGACAUGCUUCAUGAGCUCGCGAGACCUACAUACGCAGGCCGGGUACCAAGUCAUGAUGCCGGAGAGUAUCGCCAUCGUCUGCUCUCCUAGGCACUCCCCUUCAUAUGGCAUCUUCCGCCUCACAAACCCGCCAGGGCUUCCGCACAUCCUGCAGUGCACUGCGUCCGAAACCUUUCACCAGCACUCCAUCGACAACCUGUACACUGGGGCGAAGAACCCGCCUGGUCAUGUCUAUCACUCGGAGAAGCUUGAUUUUUACGUAAAAGACUUGCGGCCGAAAUGA